GAUGGUUCUUUGCUUUUGAUAUCUGCAACUUGAUUUAAUGGUGCAUUUGCGCUGGCGGAGAAAAUGCGCUGAUUGCGUGUGGGUGUAUGGGCUCAGGUAUGGUUGGCAUCUGUUACAGAUCUGCUCAAUGCAUAAGGGCGGGCGGUGGAUGCGAUGCAUCGUCUUGUACAAUAGAAUGUGGAUAUCCGCAUGGAGGCGGAUGGGAUGGGGGAUGGGCGAGAGGAAGGCAAAACCAGAGAAUAUAGAUUGCGUUAUACCCGUCAAGUGUCGAUGUUAUUAUCUUGGAAUGUGCUCAGGGGAGAUUGUGUUCGAGGGAGGCUCAAAUUAAAGUUCUUUGUUCUGAAUGCCAAUCCCUCUCACUACUCUACAUCCGGAAAUCCAUCCCACUCACUCACAAGGUAUUCAAUAUUCACUCAAAAAUCACAAUCACAAUCACAAUCACAUAUUCCACAAGACCAUAUUAUUUUUUUUCGCAAAAAGCCUCCCAUUUUUUUGUGAUUAUUUAGUG